AUGGCAAACCUGUAUGAAAAAAUUAUAAAUAAGCUCUUAGAUUGUAAUAAUAGCAGUCCAAUUAGUGACCCCAUCACCGCCCCUAAUGAUCCAUUACAAGAUUACAAAACUCAAACUGCUAUUACUCAUCAAUUUCUUUGCCAAUUCAAAAGAAUGGGACAUAGAAAAGCUCAAUUAUA